AUGACCAGGCAACGAAUGAUCAAAGUUGAGCAGUCAAAGAAGAAAAUGGGUGGAAUUGUGAAGCUCAAGAAUGUUGUAGAGAAGUUGGUUCAGAUCAAAGGCUUUUCCUCGGCCAAGAAACCUUGUCCCGAGGAAUACGGACGUGAUUGUGUCCCAAAAGAUGUGAAGGAAGGUCAUUUUGCGGUUAUCGCUGUUGAUGGAUAUUAUGAGCCAACGCAAAGAUUUGUUGUUCCAUUAAUGUUUCUCGAACACCCGAUGUUCAAGAAGCUUCUACAACGGGCGGAGGAAGAGUACGGUUUCGCUCACGAUGGAGCCCUCAUGGUACCUUGCCGGCCAAGCCACCUCCGGACGAUAUUGACCGAACAGUGUUGUUAG